AUGCAUUUAUAUUCACAUACUAGUGGUACAAUUGAUCGUUCAGAUAACCUUUAUUUAACAGUACAACAAAAUUCAGAAGUGACUUGUCAACAUGAAAUGGACCCAUAUGAAGAUGAAAAUUGUCUAUUUCGUAUUUGUUCAUAUCCAUCGAAUAAUAAAAUAAUGAACAAAACAAAAGUUUUAAUAUUCAAUCAAUACUUUCAAUAUAAUGAUUUAACAAAACCAUCAUAUCAUCAUUAUCGACAAUAUCAUAUUCUUAUUGCAUAA